UUGCGUGAAAGCAGGCUUCAAUGGCGGCAUGGCCAAUGGUUGCAAUCGAGACAGUGCCGUGUCGAUGCAAACUUUUUGUAAUUAUUGUAGUCAGCAUUUCUUCACAUUUCUUGCGUGUGAAAUUCCUCUUAGUUUAGUUCACAAUUUGAAGAAUAGUGCCUUGUGUCUGUCGAACGUGGUUUCGGAAGUAGCAUUGCGUAGUUUGCUUGUGUAUGUUUCUCAUGCGCUGUGUUUUUUUGUCGAACCCUCGAUCCCCAAAAUUCCAGCGUUCUGCACCUGGCCAUCCUGGCAACACUGAGUUUGAGCGUGGCUAGCCCUUUGUUCCUCGAUUUAUGAGGUAAGAUUAUUCAAGUUUGUGCGAAAUUCAUUCGAGAAACCGAUAAUUUUGCUGUUAUUUAAGUUCAAUUCUAAUGUUUUAAGCGUUUCCAACCCCUCCUGUAGUUCAAUUUCCCCUAUAUGCGCGUGUAUUACACUUGUUCUUCUGUAGGUGCGUGUGAGCCUAUUCGGUGCCUAUGUGAGUAUUGACAUUAACGAACAGGCGUUUCUCAGUUCGCAAUUGAGUUCCACUUUCUGCGUAACAUCCACCACUUUGUAUCUCUUCACUGCACCCCACCCGAGGAUUUGCAAGAAGUACAUCCUGACCGGUGUGUUUAUCAGCGACAGCUGCUCUGGCAUAGCUGCGUGUUCAGUUUGCCUAUCCGAAGGAUGAAAUCCGCUUAGUGCAGCGAAGCUCAGAGUGACCUGUGCUUUGUUUGACGACCAUGAAAUGAUGUGAUCCAAGUUCCUCCACCAUUUUUGUCUUUAUUUUCAUAUUUAUCCUGUUACUCAAAAAUAACUUAAUUUUUUUUUCGCGCAUCCUUCAAUGAAGUGUCACAGAAAUCAUUCUAAAUUUUUCUAAAUCUUGCUUAACAUGUGUCAGAAAUUCAUUCACUCGUAAAAAUAACCUGAAUCAAAAGGUAUUUAGGUUUUCGCCCAAGAAUAGUGUAGUCGCGUAAGUGAGAUUGUUGACUAACGGAAAAUGCGUGAAAAAUGUACAACGGGGUGAUAUUGAAAAUUUUUACUUUCAUAAUCGGGAGUACCUCGUGAUUCGUCAAGUUUAACGUCUGCGAUAUUCUUGAGUUUUUGUGUCCGGAGUCAAUAAUAAUAAGCUUUUAUGUUCCUUCUUAAAUUAAUGAUUUCUUGUUCGGGCGUGUCGCGUUAAAAUGGACAAGCGGAAAAUGAUGCCUAAACGACAGAGAAUUGACAAUUUGCGCGGGCCCAUUGCCAACGGCCCAAUGCAGACGAGGCCUUUGGUUGCCUUACUAGAUGGCAGAGAUUGUUCGAUAGAAAUGCCGAUUUUAAAGGAUGUAGCAACGGUCGCAUUUUGUGAUGCUCAGUCUACAUCAGAAAUCCACGAAAAGGUUCUGAAUGAAGCUGUGGGUGCUCUCAUGUGGCACACUAUUAUACUAACUAAAGAAGAUCUCGAAAAAUUCAAAACAUUGCGAGUUAUUGUUAGAAUUGGCAGUGGAGUUGAUAACAUAGAUGUUAAGGCUGCUGGUGAUCUAGGAAUAGCUGUAUGUAAUGUUCCCGGUUAUGGGGUAGAAGAAGUAGCAGAUACGACAAUGUGUCUCAUAUUAAAUCUGUAUAGACGUACAUAUUGGUUAGCAAAUGCUGUUAGAGAAGGAAAAAAAUUCACAGGUCCUGAACAAGUCCGGGAUGCUGCUCAAGGCUGUGCUAGAAUAAGAGGAGAUACUCUCGGCAUUGUUGGUUUAGGUCGUAUUGGCUCAGCUGUAGCCUUAAGAGCCAAAGCUUUUGGUUUUAAUGUAAUAUUUUAUGAUCCUUACCUGCCUGAUGGUAUUGAAAAAUCAUUGGGUCUAACACGUGUUUAUACAUUACAGGAUUUAUUAUUCCAAUCAGACUGUGUUUCACUACAUUGUACAUUAAAUGAACAUAAUCAUCACCUCAUCAAUGACUACACUAUCAAACAGAUGAGACCAGGUGCAUUUUUGGUGAAUACUGCAAGAGGUGGAUUAGUUGAUGAUGAAGCACUUGCCAACGCCUUGAAACAAGGACGCAUUAGAUGUGCUGGUUUGGAUGUCCAUGAAAAUGAACCUUAUAAUGUUUUUCAAGGUCCUUUGAAAGAGGCUCCUAACUUAAUCUGCACUCCUCAUGCAGCAUACUAUUCAGAGGCAUCUUGCACAGAAUUGAGAGAAAUGGCAGCCAGUGAGAUUCGCCGAGCAAUUGUUGGCCGCAUUCCUGAUUGUUUGCGCAAUUGUGUGAAUAAAGAGUAUUUUCCAGCUGGGACGGUCUCUGCGUAUCCAGGACCAGGUCCAACCUCAGCAGCAGCUACUGCUGAUGGAAUGAAUGGAGGAUACUAUGCAGCUUCAACCCCAGGAAGUUUACCAGUUCAGCAGGCCCAUUCUACCACAACACCUCACGACUCGUCAACACCCCAUUCUGUGCCGGCUAUUCCUCCAGCGCAGCCCACACCUCCUCACAGCAUGAUAAAACCACAGGAUUUGAUGAUGACAACACUUUUGUCGAAACCGGUUGGUGAAGAACAUUAAUGCUGUCUCAGUGCUUUCCCCCUUGACAUCAGUUUUUCUGUCCUCCGUUAAGUACUUCUGAUCCAACCAAUCACCAUUCUCAAAAACCGGAAUCUUCUGAAGUGCAUUAGUAGGUUGCCGAGUUUUUACUCAUUCAAAACAUGUAAGUGAAACAAAUUUCUUUGAGAGAAUCCGAAAAGUUUGUACUAAGUUUAUGACCCUUUGGUUUUGUAAAAAUUAAUACCAAGAAAGAAAUAAAAAGACAGAAGUGAAAGAAGAAAGAAAUCAUAGGCAAUUAAUUAUUAAUAUGUGUAUGUUCUCUUAAUUUUAGCAUACAAUUUGAUGUCGCUCUUGCUUCAUCUUGAGUAUGCUACAGGUUUAUUCUAACUUUAGGGCCAUCAUGAUCUGACUGUUCUGAUUGUAACAUACCUCAGCUGAUUGUAAUCGGCCUGAGCUGACUGCAAUUAGUCCCGAUCUAUUUGAAUAGGAUCUUGAUAAGUCACGUGAUAGCAAUAAGCCUGGGCUGGUUUUGAUAAAUGUGGGCACAUAGCAAUCAGUUCAAAUGAAAUUAGACUGAUUGAAAUUUAACCUUUAAACAAGCAUGGGGCAACGAAAAUAUAUACGGCUCAGCAUGAUGAACAGGAAAUGAUGUACAAUUUGAUAUUUGGCAGAGGAAGCUUACCUCACUGUAGUCUUUUAUUAGUGCAGAUAGAUCAAUUGUAAUUUCAGAUGAGCCAAGUCCUCUAUUUUCCUUUUUCAAGCAACUUUAUGCUUUACAACUGUCUCAGCAGCUGCUUUUAAUGAUGGUCAGGUUAAAUGGUCUUCAAAAUUUGAGUUUUUGCAUCGCAAGAAAUGUAGUAAUGUCUCACCAGAUGAAAUGUCUUCAACACUGUCAAAAUUGGACGUGCAGUUGUAGUUCAAUCGCUGAUUAAAAAGGUUUCAGAACACUAUUCUUUGCUGCAACUUUGUACACACUUCAAUCAGUAACUUCUGGAAUAACAUACAUAGAUCACAUUUUUGUGUGUCCUUUUUGGCAUGGUCAAUGUCUGUAAACUGUGUAGUGACGUUUGAGCUUUCCCUCAGAGGUAAUGCAUGAAACAUGGUUAAAUACCUACCCUAAACACAAUUUUUUACAUGGAACCAGUGAAACACUAUGCAAAACUGUGUUGAUUUUCUUAUCUUGCUUACUUGUAAAAAUAUGCCCACAGUAUCUGCAAUCUAUCAAAAACAAAAUGGGACAUCUGACAUGAGUAGGCCAGACUGUUGCGGUUCCUUGUUAAUAUACACAGUUUGCCAAAGAGGUCUUGGCACCACAUUCCUCGUUUAAAAUUCAAUUUCUAAUCAGCAUUGUUUUGCUUCGAGUGUGAUUAUUGUGAUCCAUCAGUAUCCCAUUCAAAUCGACCUGCGCUGAUUGGAGAUCAGCCCAGUUAAAUUGGGGUCGGCCCUAAAUUGGCAUCAGCCCGUUUUUUUUUUUUUUUUUUUUUUUUUUUUUUUUUUUUUUUUUUUUUUACCAUCAAGAAGGGUGAUGUCCACCUCUUCAAGCUGCUUCAUAAUGCCUCUUUAAAGUGACAGGAUGUCUACUGUACUAAAAAACCACGGAUUUUGAUUGAUUGUCACGGAAGUACAGAAAAUGUUCGGAUUUGUCAUUAGAAGGUUCAAAUAUGACAUCUGAUAUGAUAUUGAUUCCCAGACAGUAAGUCCACUGAAAAGAGGUCGCACAAAAUGGUCAACUUUUUUGGCCUUCACAGAAAAUGUCUACAACUUAAAAGAUAUUCUAUUUGAGUGCCUAACAGAAUAAUGUUAACAUGGAAAGUGUCCAUGAAAGGAAAAUGUUGGUACAAUGUUUCCUCUCCCUAAACUCCAAACUCAUUUCUCAAAAAUGUUUUACAGUUAAUUAGCAAAAAUCUGCAAGGAGUGCAUCCUGCUGUUUUCUCUAGAAUUUUCCAUGGUAAUGUGAUAUCAUUUAGGAGUAGUAACAGUAGUAAUCGUCAGUUCAGCCGUAGUAGGCAUAAGUAUAAGGUAGGCACAUCAUCGGUCUCCUUGCAUCUUGCAUUCAUCUGGAUAUUCUCUGCAGCAAUUUGGGAAGAGCCAAGAGGCAAGAAAGCUGUAUUUGUCCAAAGAGGGGCAGUGCAUGGGCACAUUCCAUGACCAAGAAUAGUUGACUUUUGGUGUGUAGACGAUUUUGUUGUAGACCUACUGCUUGCAUACCAUUUUCGUGGUUAACAAUAAAAAUAGCCUGCGGGCUCUGCAAUUUAGAGUUCAGUAUCACAGUAUCAUUUUAGUCCACUUUCUCAAGCGCUGGUAGUUUGAUUUUUUCGUGUUUCAGAUCAUUCUGGUCCAACUCUUCAUCACUCCUACAUUCCUCUCUAUGUAUUCGAAUUUGUUUUCACUUCUCCAAGUUAAAGCCAAUCUUGUUUCUCUUAACUUGGUAUCAAAAGCUUGCAUUGUGUUUUUGUCGCUAAAUAUUAAAGAUCAUCGAGAACAUCAGGAAAACUAUUUAUGAUACAAAUAUUAAAACAUCAUUCAUUGGUUUGUCAGGGAAAAAAUAUUUUGCUCUUUGCUGAGUCUAAAAUGCAAGUAAGAUAAGGGAAAAGUAUUGAGAAGUCAAGGAUUCUUAGAACCCUUCCUCCCCCUUUCAGAAAGAAAUUUUUUGGAAAGACAGGAAAGAGUAAGGACUUAAAAAAUAAUGAGGUGCCAGUAGCAUCCUGACUUAGCUGGGCAUCACUCUCCAACAUCCCAUUCAUCUUUUCCUAAUUACCUAAGCUUGCAUAACUCAGAAAGAAGUUGAUACUGAUACUAGGAAGUUUUUGAAAUCAGUUUUUAAGUACUCAAAUAUUCUUCUUUGAAUUUCAAAUGGACAAUAUGUUGCAAUUAGGAAUUAUAAUAUCUGGCUCAGGUUCGAAAAAAUAUAUGCACCAUUUGGUCCAGCGAGGCGCUCAAGUGUUUUUCUGUGUGAGCCAGAAAUUGUAGUCCCUAAUCGCAGAUUUUCCAAAUUUUUUUGCGAAGUCAUAAAGUUGCAUACCUAUGUAAUUCUUAGUGGAUUUCUAUGGCUUGUAUAAUUCAAAUUUGAUGGAAAAAAAGAAUUUGUGUAAAUAUGUUCAAUUCUUCAGAGGUCCUCUUGCUAUUCCACACCUCAUAUAAUUAUGAGUAGAUACUUCACGGAAAAAUCUGACAAGAUUUCUGUCGACAUGUUUAUUGUCCAUGUGCUUUUGCGUAAUGGUUCUCAACAAGCCAAAAUGCUUUACACCAUGGUUACCACCAAUCACUUUGAUGCCAGCGCUGCCUAUCUGUUACACUGGGACUUAGUACUGAAGAAUUAGCUCUCUGUACGCUCCGUAGAUAGUGCCUCUAUUGCACAGCAGUGCAUUAAAUAUGAGCUGCACUAAGUGCUGGCCACUGUCUCUACAACCGCCAUAGAGGUGAACUUGAUGUUUUAUAUACUCAUUAUUUUCGUACCUUUCUAAAAACUAUGAGAAAUAGAUGACAGCCUGAAAUAUUUGCAUGUGAAAAUUUUACAGUAGAGUCCUCUUUUUUCCUCAUCAAUCAUGAACACUUUAAGGAUACAAAUAAGGGGGAAAGUGGUAAUGCCUUAAAAUGAAAAUUUCUUAAUUUAAAUAGAAGAAUCUAUCUUUCUCUACUUCUACUGCCUUUUAAUUUUGCCAGAAAUCAUGAAAUAGUUCUGCAGUUUCUAUGCCCUCUCUGUAUUACAACUUCUCUCUCAAAAUAUUGAAUUUUUCUGGUCAAGAACUUGUCUGAUCCUACCCAACAUGACUUUACCACUAUUUUGCAUCCUGAGGAACAUAAUCAUGUUCGUUUUUCAUCCCUUUUGUACCUGCUCCUCCUAUAUUGUUAUCUCCCACAUGUUCUCGAAAGCAGAUGAUUUGGUUGUAUAUCUUCAGUCUGGUGUUGGCCAACAUUUGUGUUUUCUGAUGAGCCACUUUGUCCUACGUCAAAUGAUGGUGAAGGUGUAAACUUUGAAAUUGUUUUAUCAUUCGCCGAAGUAAAUGUGUCAUGUGCAAUCUAAUGAAUAGCUAAUGAAAUCAAGUUAGUUUCAGCAAAAGUAUUCUUGGUACUUUACUCCUUUGAAAUCAGUAUUUAAUUAUUUUCUAUUGGACUUUGAUCUGUUAUCCUCCUCAAUCAGCAAAAUGGUUCUGGUCAAACUACUUAGAUAAUCUGUUAUCAUAUUUACCUGUGCGUUUGUGCAUUUUGGGCACUGUUUAUUAGCAACCAAAAAAUAACUUUGAAAACGGGCUGCUGGUUUUUUUUUUUUUUUGAUUGGGAAAAAAAACGCCUAUCAUCGAAUAUCAAGGGGUGCCAAAAUCGUACGACUGUCAUCAAAGGAGAUCAACUACCUCCAAGAUGUUUUGUUUUCCAGAAGAGAGAACAGAACUACCUCUCAAAAUUGUGAAAAUUUCACUUAAAAACUGUACUCUUACAAAUAAACUGGCUGGCAUUUCUGACUAAAAAUUUCACUGAUUUUCGUUAUGAUUGUAUGCUAAAUUUCAGGCUGAAAUUGCUAUUAAAAGGAAAUGACACUGUGUCUCACCCAAAUUUCCAUAGGGGCGGGAUCAAAAGUCGUCGUGCACAAAACUCCAUUUUGUUGGUUUUGGAGAUGGACUCUGGACGAUUACCCAAAUAAACUAUUUAAAAAAAUUUUCGAAGAGGAUUACAAGCUGAUGUGCUAAAUGAGACUCAAUGGGUUUCAACAUUGAAGUAGUGUAGUGGCUUAGAGCGCUGCGCACUACCUGAGAGAUUAGCUCUUUAAAUCCAAGCAAUCCAACUUCAUCCUUUAUUGAUUCUGUGAUUUGGUGCUUAAUUUUUUCCUAUUCUCUUUCAACUGUACACAUAAUCAUGCUGUUUUGGAUAUCUGAAGAAACUUAUUUAUUAUUUUCAUAAUUACCAAUCUUACAAUGCUUCUGUAAACGAAAAAAAUAAAAUAAAAAGCUGCAGAAAAAAGCAGCAGACUGUGUGAAAAUAUUCAUCUAUUAACCAUUUUGUCACCUCUGUUGAUAACUGCGCUCUCGAACGGAUGUAGCAAGAGAUUACUUACAAUAAACGGGAAGAACAACAGCAAAAACUAGGCAAAAGAUCAUAAUUUUUAUUUAUUUAUCACAAUAUCAUAGGGAAUAAUCUCAAUGAAUAGGCAAAGUGAAGUAUGUUUAUACGAUAGCAACAAGCAGGAAAGAACAAUGCAUUCAAAUCCACACAAUUGAUGAAAAAACACAAUGAGACAGAUGAGAAGUAUUAACAAACAGAGGCAAAUUAGGAGAAAGCUGUACGAGGUCUGCUCUAUCAGAAACCGGAUUUUUGUGAUAAAUAACCCUCUGUAUGUCCGAAUUCGGGUGACUUACUGAAGAAUACAAUUUAAAAAGAUUUAAAAAAUUCAAACUAGGUCUGUUGGUACACGGUUUUGGAGUAAGACAACCCUAAGAGGGUUCUGCAAUUUUUUAGGAACUCCUGCCAAGAAGUAGUCACUUGCUCCCAAUCUUUGUAUUUAGCAGCUAAUUCAAAAGAAAAUUGUUAUUUGUUGUUCAUUAAAGAUCGAUUAUCCCCAGAUUGUCACCUCUUUUGAAAUAAUCCCCGCCAACAUCAAUGCUUUUUUACCAAUUCCGCUGCUUUUGCAAAAAACUCGUUUUAAACUCCGUGGGGUGGAUUGCUCACAGCUCCAUGCAACAAUGACUGCAAGCAAGUGAUCACUCUUUGGCAGGAAUUCCUAUAAAAUCGUAGAACACUCAUGAGGUUGCCUUACUCAGAACCGUGUACCAACAAACCUAGAUUGAUAUUUUUUAAAUUCGUGAAUGCUGCAUUCUUCAGUAUGUUGGACACCUUCCAGAAGAGUCCAAGAGGACCUGAUUCGGACGUACAGUGGGCUAGUUAUCACCAAAAUCAGGUUUCUCAUUGAACAGACCUCAUUCACAGACAUGAAAAGAUUAACAUCACAGUCAGAACUCCAAUAGGAAGCACUAACAGUCAAUGCAGAAUCUAAAUAGGGCAAAGAAAAUAAAAAUAACCGGAAGUGAAAACACUUGAAUACCAGAAAUAUUCUAUUGAAUACCUCUUGAUUUCUUCUGGUAUAUUACUUUGAAUUUUUGAACAGCUGAACAGUGCUUAUUUGAUCAAUUUUCAUCUUCUUACAAUAUGUAUGACCAUCGUUUACAAAGUAGUGUUUAAAAAAAAAAAAAAAAAAUUGGUAAUGUUUCCAGUUGGAAGGAAAUAAGAUAAAAGUUGUGGAAAACAAUCGCAGAAACGAAUUUUAAUUUUGUUAAAAUCCUGGAAUUCAUACCACUGAUUUCUGGAUCAGUUCACAGCGCUGGAAACCACUCCUUUACAUCAGCGCUGAAGUAUGAAGAGAGUAGCUUAGCUACAUGAGCAAGUGCUGCUUCUUUUUGCCAAAUUUUUAAUAAAAAAUUUUGGGGUUUGUCUGGAGCCCAUUUGCAAAAAUGGCAAAAUAGGGUUCCAAUGGUUUUGCCGGAAGAAACUUUUGGCGUUACUCUGAGCAAUAUCUAGGUGGGACACCAUGUGAAUUUCCCUCGUGAGUUAUAUUCCUGUCAUGGAUAGAAUUGUUUGAGUCAACUUUGCAACCCUCGGAAGAAGUUACUUUUCUUUGUCCAGGAAAUUACUAAUUGGAGAUAAAUAUAGAGGGAGAGUCUGAGUCAAGUGCGUGCAGGAACAGUGUUUAGUUGUUCAUUGAAAGCAACGCUGAAAGCACAUAGGGACUUCUUACACGGUGUGCAAAAAGUAUGGAUACUAAUUGAAAUCUCAAUACUGCUGUGCUAAGAAAAACGCUGUAUGAGCCGUCAGACUUUCCAAGGACAGCUUUUUUAUUUCAAUUUUUCAGGCAAUUUUGUUCUCACUUUAACCUGAGAAAUUUUGUAACAUUCGAAUGUUUGUGCAGAGUUUUUCCUGAGCAUGGCAGAAUAGUGAUAACUAAAAUAGACGUGCGGUUUGAACAAAAUUGAAGCGCUAGGUGCAGACAAGCAUUUCUUGAUUGUGUUAUCUCAAGAUUUCUGUUAACGUUUCAUCCCUUGUGAUAGAACUAAAAAUUUCAGAAAUUUCUUCUAAUAGUUUCCUCUGUAAAACAUAAUUAGCAGUGGAGAUUUUGAAACACCACAACCAAGAAAUGCCCUUUCUCAACCCAACGCCCUGAUUCCUUUGGAAUAAAGAAAUCAAUUUUUUUUUACCCUGCGCCUUCUAGAGUGAGGUGGGCAACUUGCAAAUUUCCAAUGGAGACCCUCCUCCCCCCCCCCCCCCCACCACUGGUCAAUGCUUUGUCAGGAAGAUUAUAAAACAAAAGACAUUUUGGGGAAAAGUGAAACUUUUAUCGUUUCAAAAUGGCAGAAAAUUGAUCUUUGUUGAAUUGGAAGAACAGGAUGGAAGUUGAUUAUUGAGGGUUUCCUAGCGUGCAAAGAAUGAAUCUAACAUCAAAUCCGAAUUUGUAGAUUUCUUUUCUAGAUGGUCGGCAACUCACUGCAUAACCUACUUUUAGCCACUUUAAAGGAUGCCAUCUUGAAAAUGAAUCAACAUUUUUGAUCUCAAUGGCAGAUUUGUUCUGUUUAUGCCAAAAAACCCUUAAUCUCAAAUCCUAUCCAAAGACAGAUACAAAUUUUCCGCUAAUUUGAGCUUUAGUGGCCGCCAUUUUGAAACAAUGACAUUCACCUGCUGUUUUCGCUAAAAUUUUCAUUUUUUCAUUUUCUCUCCAAGGAGAUAUUACAUGAUAAGAAUUCCCCUUUUAAAUUCACAAGUUGCCCCCUCUUCUUUAUGUUCAUUUUGCAUACCAGAGUGUAUUAUAAAUUUCGCUUCUUCUUCAUUUUUUCUUGAAAAGCUGACAUUUCUUGUCGAUCUGGGGAAAAAAAAGAAUGAUCGUGAAAUUUGCUGCUGUAGAAGGGAGUUUUUUCCCCCCUCCCCCUCUUUCUGGAAUCAACUUUUGGGCACCACCUCACACCUGAGACAUGGAAUAGUGAACAAUUACUAACCAACCUGGUGAUGCCUGGCGCUCUUAACACUUAGCAAAUUCGGGAAUUCGAAUUACUGUUUUCAUGGGAUGAUUCAACUGCUAUCUCAAUUCUCAUUUUUUGGUCCGCCCUCUAACCAGGUUAAACUUUACUUAUAUGUCAAUCCUUAUGUCUUCUCCUAAGUGGCAUUCUGUUUAGUGUGUGCGUGUGUAUCUAAGUACGUACAUGGAAAUUUUCUAUCUUCCACAUCUGUCUGCCCCCUCCUCCCUAAAUGUUUCUUGAAGUCUCAUUAGACCUCCGCAAGAAUUUUUAAGCCAAGUCUAAGGCACUGAGACACAUAUCUAAGUUGACAGAGUUUAAUAUAAUCCUCAGCAAUCAAAGGAUGGGUAUACAGUGAGCAUACCAGAGUCAAAGAAUAAUUGCAAUUUUUUUCAACCCAUCAUAUUAUUUUUUAACUCCUACUUUUAAAGUGGAUGAUGGAAAUUCUCCUGAAAAAUUAGUUUCUUUUUUUGUGCUUUUAUUUUUGCAAAAGAUGAUUUGCUCUUUCUUCUUGAUCUCGUCUGAUAAAAAGAAUCACUUCCAAGACGUUAAGUUUCUGUGCAAAGAAAGGAAGGGCGAUUAAUGAGUGGUUUACUACAAAUUUGCCUUCACACUUAGAUUCCUCUGUGUUGAGGCAACUUCACCACUGCUACCAUGUAAUAUUUCCUCUAUCAAGCCUUGAUGGAAACAUUACCCAAUUUUUUUCCAUUUUCUUAUUCUUUUGGUGGGGGAGGGGCGUGGUAGAGGUUUCUGAAAAUUCUACGUUGUAUCAAAUGACGGACCAGCUAAGACGAUAUGGAGAGGGUUUCAAAUCUGUCAACACGUAUUAAUAGAUAUUUCUCCCUCCCUCCCUCCCUCCCUUCCUCCCUCCCCCCCCUCCGGUUUUUAAUUUUUUGACUCCUUGAAAACUAUUAUAGCUAACGUUAUUAUUUUAGUGAUAUCUCUAUCUUUAUUUUUAAGUUAGUGGUUUAACUUUUCAAUUGUUAAUUUUAAGUUGUAUUUUUUCUCUCUGUCCAUAAAGUAUUGAGUGCGUGUUGACUUAAGUUUGUAUCCGCAGUUUCCUUUUUACGUUUUCCAAUAAUCAUUAUUAAUAUGUAUUUAUAUUUUUCUUUAUCUGUCAACUGCUUCAAUCGACGAGAGAUUAUAAUUGGUGAUUUAAAUCUGCUGUUUCAUCACCAGACCAUUCAAUGUAUCAGGUGUAAUUAGUCAAUCAUCAUAAUUCCCCUGCAAGGUCUCUAUUUUGUGCAAUAUCUUUAAUCAGAAAUAGUCUUUUUAUUCAUUAAAUUUAAUUAUUUUUCUUUCUUUUGGCAAUGGUCAUUAGUCCCCUCAAAAUGAGAUACUUCAAUUUGACCAUUGAUAAAUGGAUAGAAGAGUCCCAAUUAUUGUGAAACAAAAGAACUCUUUCUGUUGACGUGUGUCUUUUAUAACCUUUUUUGAAGUUCCCCUUAGUUUCUGCCGAGACAACGCUUUGUUUGGUUCCCUUUUACUUUUACUGAGCACUUGAAUUGUGGAACCGAAUUUAGUCAGGCCUGCUACCGGUACUUAAAAAUUCUCAGGACAAGUCACGACUGCAUUCAACUCCGUCCUAGAGCCCUUAAUUGGCUGGUGGUGCGGUUCAGACUCAAUGACGGAUGUCCCAUUUCAGUGCUAAAUUCCCAACAAAAGUAGGUUCCUGUAAAUGUAAACUGAGCUGAUUUCGAUGUAUCAUCAGCAUCAAGUAUGCAUCAUCUGUAUAAUAUUUUGACUGUAAUUUUUCAAAAAGAUUUGAAGAAACCAAACCUGAGAGUUUCAAGUUUUUCCCAUAAACAGUUCCUUUUCUGAAGGAGGACCACAUGGUUUACUUUGUGAUGAAGAAAAUUUCAAAUGGACGGCACAAAGCAAAGGAACCAUGUCACAUCAGCCAUUGCCAAAGAACCCUGCACAGAAUGGGAGGCUCAAUGGCUCUCGAUAGAUUUUGAUAACUCUUUAUUAGAUGACGUAAGGUUCAUUAUUAGCACAAAGCCAUAAAAUUAGCUUGUUCCAACGAGUAGAAGCAGAGAUAUUCACGAUUGAACACUGACUAUUUUCUGUCAUAUCAUACCAUGAUGAAGGACUUACAAAUCCUCUCUCCUCUGGUUGUUGGGCUUUUUCGAUCAGACCUCAUACAUAGUUAGGUGCUCAUACGUUCAGCUGGUUCAUAGACCCCUCCUUCCCGCGUCUGCUGUUUCUGUUUCAGCAAUUUUAAGUCAUUUUAGAGGAGAAGUGCGAGAGAUAGAAAGACUCCAUAUCGAACUGCCCGAGCAGCUACCUGGAGGAGAGAGAGGGUUUCUGGGCUGAAGUCUGAGGUGUUCAAGCACAAGAAAAGCCGACGAGGAGCGCCCAUUUGUCUCCGCUGCACAGAAAAUGGCCCAUGUUUAAUCGCAAAUAUCUCGGCUUCUACUCGUUAGAAUGAGCUAAUUUUUUGUGCUAACGAUGAAUUUUAUUUUAAUCCAUUAAAGGUUCAUCAAAAUCUGCCGGGAGCCACUGAGCCCCCUGUUCUGUGUGGGGUUCUUUCAUUAAACAAUUUUUUCCCCCCUAGGAGAAGAGGUAUAUAAAUUUUUUUGAAAAUUUCACCUCACAGAAAAUGUACCCUAAAACUUUCAAAAGAAUUCACAAUGUUACUCUUCUUAAGAAAUAACAUUCCAAAGAAAGUUAGCGAAAACUGACGUGACUUGAUUCCUCUCUGCCUAAUGCGGUCCAAAUAUGCCUCUACCCCAGGACCAGAGAAAGGGCAAUUUUUAUGGACUUGGACUUAAAUUGAAUUGAAUAGAAUAACUUGAAAUUGAUACUUGUAGUAAACUUACUGGAAUGUUUGCUAUCACUUUAGUUGAAAAUAUAAAUAGGAAAUAUUUUCAAUGUCGACAACUUUAAGUGUGGCGAUACCUAUUUUAAAAUUUGCUUCAUUAUUAUGCAAAUGAUCUUUUUUCAGUUUCCUCAGUAUCCAUUGCAACUCCAGACAGAAACAUUAAUUGAGAAAGAGGAAAGGAGCUAUUUUGCAGAAUACCUUUGAUAUACACCCAAAAAUCGUAGUACUUACUGCUAAAGUACAAUCAUUUUUCUUAUUUGGCUUGCAGAAUCCUAAAAUUGAGAGUCUUGUAUUUUUUAGAUGUCAGGAUCGCAGCUUUGAAACUAAGCAUCAUUAAAUUUCAUGCAUUGUGUAUUUCUUCAAAGAUGGAGGAAAUGCAAAUUGACUAUAUGUACAGAUUGUGAAAAAAGAAAAGAGAAAUUGAUAAUCUUAAGUUUAAUUGAUAAGUAGAGAUAAGUUUAGUGAAUGUAUCUUUUCAUUCCUUACUUUUGGAGAAAGGAGUAGAGGCCAUUUUUGGGUGAGGAAUUGAAUAAAAAAUGAUAUUAUGCAGCGACAAAUGCUUGAUUUGAAAAGCAUGAUAAUUUUUAACUAUAUCUUUGCAUCAAUAUUUUACAUGUUCAUUAUGUUUCAUCAUCAUUUUUUUCUAUUGAAAAGUUCUCCCUUCAUCCACCGUUCAACUCAAGACACAUUGUCUUAUUUCCUGAUAGUUAACAUUUUUUGUAUAAAUAAAAGGCUAUCAUUAAUUUCAUUCAUUAACAUUAAUUUUAAUUUUUCAACUUUAUUUACUUCAUUAUGACUUAAGUAUGAAUAAAUUCUAGAUUUAUCUUGUCA